GCAACGGAUGAGAUCGCCAUCAGAAUGGCACGGAGAUCGCAGAUCUGGUUGCUCAGGAUGUUUCUUCUGGUGCUGUUGGUGACACUGGCGCCACCUGCGAUCCCGGCCAUCCGCUCUUCCCAGUCGCUGGCUCUCCUGCAUGCUCGGGAUCAGUGCGGCAGGGAGCUGACCUCUGCCCAGCGUCUUCAUUUGGACAGAAUGCAGUUCGAAGACGCUCCACACGUGCGUCACUAUCUCCAUUGCUUCUGGUCGCGUUUGCAACUCUGGCAAAAUGCCUCCGGAUUCCAGGCUCAGCGCAUCGUCCAGAGUUUCGGGGGCGAGAGACGCCUCAAUGUAGAGCAGGCGCUGCCCGUCAUAAACGGUUGCAAUGCAAAGACAAAGUCCCGGGGUUCAGGAUCAGGAUUGGGAUUAGGAUCCCAGGCAGCGGUCGACUGGUGUUUCCGGGCUUUUGUCUGUGUACUAAAAACACCAGUGGGCGAGUGGUACAAGCGGCACAUGUCCGACGUCAUUAAUGGAAAUGCUUAGAAAUAGAUCAAUUCAAUAUAUUUAAAAAAAAAUUA